UACCAACAAACAAUCACCAAAAGAUCCUAUCUCUCUCUCUCUUUCUCUUCUUCAAUGGCAGAUGAAAACUACCACACGAAAUACCAACAGCUAAAGCAAGCAAAUCCAUCUAAGUACUAUACUAAUUUCCUCUACAAAGCUCUCAUAGUCACAAUCUUUUUAAUUAUACUCCUACUUUUUCCUUCACAAGCGCCUGAAUUCCUCAUCCAAACUCUAAACAGUAGAGGUUGGGAGUUUCUCCACCUUGUCUUUGUUGGUAUAGCUGUCUCUUAUGGUCUGUUUAGCAAACGAAAUGACGAAACGGAAACGAAAAUUAACAACAACAACCCCUCAAGAUUUGAUAAUGCUCAAUCAUAUGUGUCUGCAUUCCUUCAGGUUUCAUCGGUUUUUGAUGAUGAGGUUGAUAGCCCACCUGAGUCUGAAGAGACCAAGGUCCAGACGUGGAGCAACCAAUAUUAUAGGAAUGAUCCUGUGGUAGUUGUAGCUGAGCAGAACUCUGCUCUUGAUAAAGAACAGAGAGCUCCUAGUUCGAGAAUUGGUGAAAAGCCACUCUUGUUGCCUGUUAGGAGCCUAAAAUCGCGACUCAUAGACGCAGAUGUUGAUGAAACUGGUAAAGAAUAUGCUGGUGGAUCUGCUUCUAUUAAUAGGUCUAAUUCUGAUUCAGGUUCUAAAAUAUUUUCAAGCAAUUCGAGUAAAAAUAAAAGUGGAGAGUUUGGAGGCUCGAAUUGUCAGGAAUUGGAAGAGAAGCUGAAGGAGAAUUUUGUGCUUCCUUCACCAAUUCCAUGGAGAUCAAGAUCAGGAAGAAUGGAAAUGAAAGAAGAAGCAGAUAUUCCUCCUUAUAAUCUGCCUCCUUUCUCGGAGGAAUUUGAAUACAACAGGUCUUUUAAUUCCCAAGUUCCUCGAUCAGCACGAACCAGUUCUGCAACUUCUUCACCGAAACUGUCCCCUUCACCUUCAUUUUCUUCACCGAAGAAGUUUUCUCCUUCACCUUCUUUCUCAUCUGAGGUGCUCGGCAAAAGUGUGGAGGAUUUUGUGAGGAAGAAAAGCAUUUAUAGGUCUCCUCCCCCUCCACCACCGCCUACACCACCAGUGAAUCGAGAAUCAUCAUCAAUGAAACCGAUUUCCAGUGCUGUUCAUGAUGAGGUUUUGCUUGAAAGAGAACUGAAGCGAAGUUUCACUACUGAACCAAAAGACUUGAAUAGGGGUGGCAAAUUACCAAUGCUGAAGUCAGUUAGGACAAUUAGAAGCAACGAUUUGUUUGGUGAGGCGAGGAGGGAGAAAGAAUUUCAUGACAGAAUCAACAGCAAAGAAGAGAAAAGAUCGAAGGAAGUUGAAGCAAGAGGAAAGGAGAGAACAGGAAGAAAGAAGGUGGGAUUUGAUCAAUCAUCAUUCCAGACUGAGAGGCAGAACCUUGAAAGCGUAAGUUUUACGCCUCAGCCAACUUUCAUGGAGUUUCCAGAGGAAGAAAACAUUGCAGGAAGUUCUUUUGCUUCAAGCACAGCGGCGAGUCCAGAAAACGAUGCAGCAGCUGCUAGCAUUGCAAGUGAUGGAGGACCUGAUGUUGACAAGAAGGCUGAUGAAUUCAUAGCCAAAUUCAGAGAGCAGAUCAGGCUUCAAAGGAUAGAAUCUAUCAAGAAAUCAAGCGCACAGAUAAGAAGAAACCCUUCAAAAUAAUGUUUGAAGAUCAUUCGGUCUAUUAGAGAGUUGACAGGAUGGAUUUGGAUUC